AUGGAUAACUACCACUAUGCUCUAACCCCAGAGCAGCUGCAGAGUUUCCAAGAAAAAGGGUAUCUGCUCGUCCGUGGCUUCUUCAACCCGGAAGAAUUCAAGGUCCUCCAGCGAUGGGCACAAGAAGUCUAUGACCUGCCCCAGACCCCUGGUGUGCCAUGGAUGCCCUACGACGAAGUGAAUGCUCAAGGUCAACGGGUUUUGUGUCGCACGGAGAACUUUGCCAACUCCCACGCGGGCUUUGACAGCUUCCUGCGGGGAGAGCGCGCCACCAGUGCCUUGCAACAACUGGCGGGGGAGAAGAUGCUCCUGUUCAAGGAGAAGAUUAAUUACAAGCUUGCAGGAAGUGGUGGCUUUGAUCCUCACAUCGAUGCAAAUGCCUACACACACGUCAAGAACAUCAAGCAUCUGACCAUUCUCGCCGCCGUGGAUGAUAUGAACGCGGUGAAUGGUGGCCUAGAAGUCGUCAAUGGCAGCCACCGCAUGCAAGUGCCUCUGGGUUCUGAUCGCUGCAUUGAGCCCGCAUGGGUUAAGAGUCACGAAUGGACACCUUGUGACUUGCAACCAGGUGAUAUCUUGAUUUUCGGAUCAUAUCUGGCCCACCGCAGCGGACCCAACACCAGCUCCAACGACCGAAAAGCCAUCUACGCUACAUACAACUGCGCCGCAGAGGGGGAUUUGCAUGACGAGUACUAUGCGGAUCGCCAGAAACUGUGGCCCGCAACCCACAUGCGAAAGGAGGGCGAGUCAUAUGAAGAAGGCCGAACGCGGUAUGCUUUCGGUACUCCUAUGCUCACGGUGGAUGGAAAGAGCCCUGUGGUCACAGCCUAA